AACAUGGCGUCAAAAGGAAAUGUCAUGUUCAAUGUCCUUUUUAUGUGCGUGGCGAUUAUUCUCGGCAAUGUAUUAAGAUUACGACUCACCCCAAUAAGUAAUGAAUUUAAAAGAUCGCUCGGAUAUCCUGAAGAUUCUUUGUUAAAUUUUACUGAAUUAAGCGAGCAUUAUGGAUAUAGUUCAGAAGAACAUACCGUAGUCACCGAGGAUGGGUAUGUCUUGACGAUGUUCAGGAUCAAUGGAAGAAAGUGUACGAAGUUAAAAAGACCACCAGUUAUUUUAAUGCACGGUCUCCUGCAAAGUUCUGACGCUUGGCUCGACGCUGGACCCGAUGCUGGAUUGGCUUAUCUAAUAUCAGAUGCAUGUUACGACCUGUGGGUUGGAAACCAACGCGGUAAUUACUAUUCAAGGCGACAUGUGCACUUGGAUCCCGACAGAGAUCGCGAAUUUUGGAAAUUCUCCAUAGACGAAAUUGGACUUUAUGAUAUACCAGCUAUGAUUGAUUAUGUAUUGAAAUACACGCGGGAAGCGAAGGUGAAUUACAUCGGAUAUUCACAAGGGGCUGGUACGUACCUAAUCAUGUGCUCAGAGAGACCGGGCUAUUGUGAUAAAGCGAAUGUUCUUAUUAGCUUAGCGCCUGCAGCAAGGCAGACGUACACAAAAUCUUUGCCGUAUAGACUUUUAACUGAAGUGAUAAGUCAAAUAGAAGGUGCUCUGGGCACCACGGGCAUUUAUGAAAUUUUCGCAAAAGGCUCUUUGAGUCAAGAAUUCCUUGCUUUUCUGUGUAAAUUCAGUGAAAUAUCCGAAGUUAUUUGUGGCACUGGGGAAUCACUUUUCGAUUCCUUUCAUCCUGAUUCUAUUACAAACGAAACGUUGAGGAUUAUGUUUGGACACUUCCCGGCUGGAACAUCCGUACAUAACAUGGCUAGAUACGGACAAAGUAUGAAAACGAAACGCUUUCAAAAAUUCGACUACGGUAAGGAAGAAAAUAUGAAAAUUUACGGAGAAGAACUACCUCCCAGUUACAAUUUAAGUGCUGUCACAGUUCCGUUUGUGGCGUUAUAUGGUAAUAAUGAUUAUUUGGUUGACCCUAAGGACAUAAAAUGGCUAAUUAAUAGAUUACCAAAUGUAUUAGAAGCGAUGAAAGUUUCAGACCCUCUGUGGAAUCAUUUAGACGUUACGUACAGCCAUUACACGAAAGAAUUGAUCUUUCCAAAGAUCAAUGAAUAUUUAUUGAAGUACAGUGAAUUUUAAAGUACAUACUUUUAUUUUAAUAAUGUGUUAGUUUGUGUGUGUUUGUGUGCGUGUGUGUGUUAAACGAGACUCUAAUUAACGUUUGAAGUACUUUUAGUAAUAAAAUGUAACGGAUGUUACAUGUGUUGAUUUUAAUUACAUCUAGUCUAUGUUAUGGUACGUAAAUUAAUUUAUGAUUAUGGGUUUUAACAUAACCAUGUUCUUAAGUUUUAUGUGAAAAAUAAAAGUUAUGAAAAAUCGAUAUAUUCGACUUAAAGGAAGCUAUUGAUAAAGAAUCAAUAUUUGGUGUUUGAUAGUUUUCAGGUCAUUUAUUCAUCUUCAUAAAACUUUGUGUAUUCAAUCAUAUAAAUCGAGGUUUUAUUUAAAAUUGCAAGAAAAGUCUUACCGACUUAUCUCAGUUAGAUUUUGUUGCGCAAAUAUUUAUUUUUAAUAAUGGAACUCUGUGGUUCUAAUGAUAUAAAAUUGAUGUUUGUUCUGUAAUCUUUAACACUUAUUUAUUACUGAUUGUGAUUUUUUUUUGCAUUAUGUAUUAUUUAUUGACGACUAUUAUUAGUUGGCUUUAAUGAUUUGAUGAAUUUGUAUUUAUAAAUUUUACAUAUUUCAAAUUAUAAAUUAAAAUACAUUACAUUUUGAAA